UGAGGGAUUGUAAAUAAAGACAUAAGAUAAAAAUCCAUCCACACAAUAGCGGAACGUCGCGUCAUUUUGGACAGGUGGCCAUGGACGGAAUUCCAAUAGUUUUAUUCAUCUUCUCCAUUUUUACGGCAAGGAUUGCAGAUGGCGCCAGUUGCAAUACAAAAUUCAGUGAUGCAUCAUUUCUGAAAGAUUUCGGCCUUAAAGCUUCAAGCGAAUCCACAGAGAACAAGGCAUCUCAUGCUUUCACUGUUGGUUGGUGUUCUGGUACAAAUGUCGGAUCACCAACUUUAGAAGUUGAUUUUAAACAACCAUAUGGUAUCAGUAGCAUUCUUGUCAGUGGGCCCACAAACAGGGACGGUGACCCAUACCCAACCAAUGUGCUGGUCAAGUAUGUACCCAACGGAGGCGAUGUCAAUAAUUUCGUACAUUUUCCGCUUCAAGAAGGAAAACUGGAGAUAAAACUGACUGAAUAUGGAACAGUCCAGAGCAAUUUUGGCCAAGGAAUUGCCGCAAGAAAACUUCAGUUCACAAUACAGAGUUUCAAUGGGGACGCUUGUUUAAAAAUUGAUUUACUUGGAUGUACAAUAAAUGAUCUGUGCACUGGCGGUUGCCAAAAUGGCGGGCUUUGUAUGAUGCAAGACACAUGCCAAUGUCCACAAGGGACAUUAGGCAGCAGGUGCGAAUCAAAAGAAUGCACACCUGAAGAUCUAGGACUAGCAGACGGUCGUAUUGGACCUGAUCACAUCCAUGUCUCGUCUGAAGAUCCUGUAUAUAAUAAAGCUGAAAUGGGAAAUAGUAAGUUCCAUUGA